AUUGUUUUCUUCCCUUUUUUCUCUACGUUUGUAUUUUUUUGUCAUUUGACUCAUCAAAGAUGAGUUCUCAUGGAAAAGCAGAGACCGACAGGCUCAGAAAGAAUCUGGAAGAACAAUUGGAUCGGCUUGUGCAACAAUUGGAAGAUUUGGAAGACUGCAGAGUUACUCUAGAUGAGACAGAUUAUCAGGAAUCUAAAGAAGAUACAAUGGAACAGCUUCGCGAAUUUAACGAGAGCCUACAAAGAAUGAUAUCCGGAGAUAUGACGUUGAUUAAUGAACUUGGAGCAAUGCAAUUAGCAACUCAAGCAGCUAUUAGUGCAGCCUUCCAAACACCAGCUGUAAUAAGAAUGUUUGGAAAGCGUGAGCCUACUGGACUUAAAGAACGUCUCUCCCAAAUCGAUCGCGAUGUAAAACUAGGAAAAUUAAACAAAGAGGCCGCUGAUCGCCAACGUGGGGAAAUAUUAAGCGCUUUGAGACAACUUGGAGAAAAGUUGGAACCAUCUGAAUUACAAUUGUUGGAGCGAUUAUCCUUAAAUAAUGUAGAUACCACCAGGUAUGUACAAGUUAUUGAAACAGCGAAAGAAGGUAAAAUGGCUCUAGAUGUAGUGGGCAAGGAAGUCAGAGCUACGCAAGAUACUUGAACUAUAACAGAAUCAUUGUGAUUAACUAUAAUAUAACUAUUAUUACAAUCGGCCAUAUUAUUUUUAAUUUGUCACUAUGACUUUUGAAAACAAUCUUAUUGUAUAAUGCAUAUAAUAUGGUUUUUUAUAUUAAAUUCUUUAUAUUCUUCUUUGCUCCAAGUUGAUGAAGUUAAUUUGUACAAUUUUGAUAUUACUUGAUAUCAUCAAUACUCAAAACUAUCAUCUACAUUGUUAUGAAUUAAAAUGUAUAUGCUAAAUACAUAUAUAUAUAUUUAUGGAAUCAAAUAUCUCAAAUGAUACAUGAAUUUUGCUUUAAU